CGUAAUUUGCUCGCGUUAAAAACCUGGCUACCACACCGCAAAAUCGAAUAACCCUAACAAACGCAAAUUCCUGAAUUAUCGAUCGCUCCUUCUCUCUCAGCCAGAUCCACUUCACCUGUUAUCGUCUUCAAUCAAAGACAAUCUAUAGAUUAAAUAACAAGGGGAGAUUGAGAGAGAAAUGGCGGCUGCGAAUACGACCAACAAUGGGCAAGGCAACAAUGCCGGCAGUCUUCCGGCCAUCCCCACAACAAAGCAAACGGUUCCAUCUUCUAAGUCUGUAGAUACCCAAUCUGUUCUGAAAAGGCUGCAAUCUGAACUAAUGGCUCUGAUGAUGAGUGGUGAGUCUGGAAUAUCAGCUUUCCCGGAGGAAGACAACAUAUUUUGCUGGAAAGGGACAAUCACAGGCAGUAAAGACACCGUUUUUGAAGGAACAGAAUAUAAGCUCUCUCUGACCUUCCCUAAUGAGUAUCCAUUUAAAUCACCCAAGGUUAAAUUUGAGACAGCUUGUUUUCAUCCAAACGUGGAUGUAUAUGGCAACAUAUGCUUGGAUAUCCUUCAGGACAAAUGGUCGUCUGCGUAUGAUGUAAGGACUAUACUACUCUCCAUUCAGAGUUUGCUUGGAGAGCCAAAUAUAAGUUCUCCACUAAACACUCAGGCAGCCGCAUUGUGGGGCAAUCAAGAAGAAUACAGAAAGAUGGUUGAGAAGCUGUACAAGCCAAACACUGUGUAGACCUGACAAGUUCUUGAACAGUGAGAUUUGUAUGGAGGCUCUGCCCUUCUUACUUUUGUUUUUUUGUUUUCGUUAAAGUUUAUCAUCCAAGGGCAGAAACAUGUUGAGUGAGAUAGAGUGGUGAGAGAGGUUAAGGAAUUGUACGGCGGCAUUGCGGC